UGGCAUCUUCCAGUUCACUAAAAAACAAAAUAAACAAUGAAGUUGAACCUGCUUCUAGCCGUGCUAGUCGGCGCAUCGGUUGUACAGGGAUUUAAGCUCUGCAACCUGAAGGCACCGGGCACGUUCGUGCGGGAUCCGCUGCACUGCGGCGAGUUCUUCAUGUGCCGCGAUGGCCGCCCGGUACGGUUCUCCUGUCCGGGUGGAAUGAAUUACGACGCGAAAACCAACACCUGCGGAUACGGUGUGUUCUGUGACAACAGCGACCUCAGCUGGCAGCUCGAUGAGUCCGAUCUGCAGACGCAGUACGUACCGAUCGAGACGAAUCCACCGCUGCUCGAUGCCGUCAGUGGUGUGUGCCUUGGUGCACGCCACGGAUCGAUCCGCCCGGAUAUGACCGGUUGCGAGGCGUUCUACCAAUGUGCCGGUGCUGGUGCGAUCCGGUACGAGUGUCCCGCCGGUACACUGUUCGAUAGUAACCGGCUGUACUGUGAGGUGGCCGAUGUCGCUUCCUGCGCUUACGGACCGCCAGUGCAGCAGCAGCAGCAGCAGCAACAACAGCAGAAACCUCAGCAACCGGGAAAUCUGCUGCACGUCCUGUGCUUCGGUAAGCCGAUCGGACUCAAGUAUCCGCAUCCGAUGAACUGUGCCCAGUACGUGCAGUGCGAUGGUCGCAACAAGGCCAUCCUCUUCAAUUGUCCUCGCGGUACUGCCUUCGAUCGUGUGCGCAAGGUUUGUGGCUUCAGUAGCAGCGUUUCCUGCUAAAAAGGGAGGAUCGGUGGAGAGGCCGAGGAGUAGCGUGGUGUGGUGUGCUUACCUCAUUACCACCAGCUGGCUAGCACACACCGAGACACACACGCACACACGGUCAAGGUGGUGGUGAUUUCGGUCUUAAUUGGAUUAAAGGCAUAAAUAAA